GGAGCAAUCUUGAUUGACAUCAAAAUUUCUUUUAUUUCCAUGUAGGAAGAGCCUUUCGUAAUGGUCUCUGAAAAUGUCUUGGGUAAGCCGAAGAAAUACCAGGGCUUUUCCAUUGAUGUUUUGGAUGCCUUAUCUAACUACCUGGGUUUUAACUAUGAAAUUUAUGUUGCACCGGAUCAUAAGUAUGGAAGCCCACAAGAAGAUGGGACAUGGAAUGGCUUAGUAGGAGAGCUGGUCUUUAAGAGAGCUGACAUAGGGAUUUCUGCUUUAACCAUCACCCCGGACCGUGAGAAUGUGGUGGACUUCACAACACGGUACAUGGACUACUCSGUGGGGGUUCUACUCCGAAGGGCUGAAAAGACUGUGGAUAUGUUUGCCUGUCUGGCUCCGUUUGAUCUCUCUCUGUGGGCCUGCAUUGCUGGAACAGUCCUUCUGGUGGGUCUACUGGUCUACCUCUUGAACUGGCUUAAUCCUCCACGGUUACAAAUGGGAUCAAUGGCAUCUACUACACUCUACAACUCCAUGUGGUUUGUGUAUGGAUCCUUUGUACAGCAAGGUGGGGAGGUUCCAUAUACAACCCUGGCUACCCGAAUGAUGAUGGGGGCUUGGUGGCUAUUUGCUUUGAUUGUCAUCUCAUCAUACACAGCAAACCUUGCUGCUUUCCUUACUAUCACCCGCAUUGAAAGCUCCAUCCAGUCUCUUCAGGACCUUUCCAAGCAAACAGACAUCCCCUAUGGCACAGUCCUGGACUCUGCAGUAUAUGAGCAUGUCCGCAUGAAGGGAUUGAAUCCUUUUGAGAGGGACAGCAUGUACUCCCAAAUGUGGCGUAUGAUCAACCGAAGCAAUGGAUCAGAGAACAAUGUCCUGGAGUCCCAAGCAGGUAUUCAAAAGGUAAAAUAUGGAAAUUAUGCUUUUGUAUGGGAUGCAGCUGUAUUGGAAUAUGUGGCUAUCAAUGAUCCAGACUGUUCAUUUUACACCAUUGGGAAUACCGUUGCUGAUCGGGGAUAUGGAAUUGCAUUGCAACAUGGAAGUCCUUACCGAGAUGUCUUUUCACAAAGGAUCCUGGAACUUCAGCAGAGUGGCGACAUGGACAUCUUGAAGCACAAAUGGUGGCCUAAGAAUGGCCAGUGUGACCUGUACUCCUCAGUGGACACAAAGCAGAAAGGAGGCGCCCUGGACAUAAAGAGCUUCGCGGGGGUCUUCUGCAUCCUGGCUGCGGGGAUCGUCCUGUCCUGCUUCAUAGCCAUGCUGGAGACCUGGUGGAGCAAGAGGAAAGGCUCCCGGGUCCCGUCCAAAGAGGAUGACAAGGAAAUUGACCUGGAGCACCUCCAUAGACGUGUAAAUAGCUUGUGCACAGAUGACGACAGCCCCCAUAAACAGUUUUCCACCUCGUCAAUUGACUUGACCCCUCUGGACAUUGACACUUUGCCAACACGACAAGCACUGGAGCAAAUCAGUGAUUUCAGGAACACUCAUAUCACCACAACAACCUUUAUCCCAGAGCAGAUCCAGACUCUUAGCCGCACACUGUCAGCUAAAGCUGCCUCUGGUUUCGCUUUUGGCAACGUGCCUKAGCACCGAACUGGCCCUUUUAGGCACAGGGCACCUAAUGGGGGCUUUUUCAGGAGUCCUAUAAAAACAAUGUCAUCUAUUCCUUAUCAACCGACUCCUACCCUGGGGCUCAAUCUGGGUAAUGAUCCAGACCGAGGCACCUCCAUAUGAGCAUCAAACAAAAUCUCUUCACUGUUUCUUCUUUAGGACUCCCGUUGCAAGGAGCAACUGUAAUAUUGUGGGACUAACAUGGAUGUAACUUUAAAAACAAAAAUCAGGAUUAUUAGUAAUGAUUCUAGUUCUUUCUUCCCACCUUCUCCUUCUUUUCUCUCCCUGUUUAUUUCUCUUCCCCCCCCCUUCUCGUAUAUUUCCCUCCAUUUUUUUUUUCAUUACUCAACUUGUUCCCCCAGAAUAUAGUAUUCUAGGAUCCUAUUAGUCUGCUUUUCAUAUACUGUACUUCAAGUUUAGGAAAUGUGCACUGAGUAUACUAAAAGUAUAUGCAGGUUUAAUUUUACAUCAAGGCCUCUUACAUAACAUUUCUCUAUUUUUAAAAAUAUAAUUGCAAUAACUUCAGUCUUUUUACAUUCUUCUGCUGCAUCCAUAUAAUGCUCCACUGCUGUUGAGUGUCCUUUAACUGUGGACCAAAGGCAAUCCCUGCAGUGUUUAUAAAACAAUUUCAAGACCAUUCAGGCCACACAAUAUCAGAAUGCAAUUUUGUAGGAUUACAAAAAGCCAUUAAUAUGCCAGUCAAGACUACAGUUAAAACUACUCUUGCACUGCAACAGUGCAUAUGACCUUUAUGUGAUUGUACAGUAUCAAAAGUUUUUUUCUUAUGUACAGUAAACUUUAUCAUAUGGCAGAAGCCUCUAUUGUGUUAAAUAACUUAGUAUCUCAUAUAUAUAUAUAUACAUAUAUAUGCACCUAUAUAAUGUGUAUAUAUAUAAAAAGGCAGCCAUUGCUAUUGCAAUUCAUUUAAUAAAGCUUUAGUUUAAAAAAAAAAGUAUUGUAUACAGGAACUAUGUAUAGUGCGGGAGGUCUUUUCAGUUAGAAAAGGCAGGUUGCUUUAAUGUUAUUCUGACUCGCAUUGUUUGCCAACAGAGAAUAUUUUAUACUUUUGUUAUUAAAGCAUCCAGGGCGACUUAAUAUUUGUUCCUAGAUGUAAUUCAUUUGAAUAGGUUUUGCAUUUGUUAUUCAGCAGUGUAUAAAGCUAACCUUGAUAAUUUUACUUUUAAUUAAUUAUCUAAAUGGAAAAUGCUAUUAGCUGAAUCAUAUCCACUACAGUACCUAGAGCUCCAUAGGAGUCUAAGCAUAGAUCAUAAAAGGUUAAAAAUCCUCUUCCAAAGCAGGAAGCCAAUCAACAUAACAACAGUAGUUGGGGAGGAAUGGGAGCCCUUCAGAAGUAUUGAUGUGGCCUUAAUUAUGUCAUCCAUUACCCUAAAGAAAAAAAAAACGUAAUUACCACGCUGGGCUCUCAUCUUUACCCCUUUAUACGUUCAGUUCCAUUUGGAGGAGUUAUGUAUUUUUUAACAUUAGUGCCAAGUGUAUAGAAGGACAACAGCAAAAUCAGUGCCUCUUUGGGCACAACCCUUUUCAAGUAGCAUUCUUAUCUGUUAGAAAAUGUAGAAAGAACUUCAUUUGUAAUCCUUAAAUUAAAAUGUGGUAAGUAGGCAGCAAGAACUUAUCCUGUGUUUUUACGCAGCCAUGCACUUAUUUUAAGCUAAUUCACUCCAUGGCUAGGAUCGAGAUAGGAAUCAACCUAUGUGAUUUGCUUUAGGAGAAAUUAAGAGGUAUAUUCUUAAGGCAUAUUAUAUUUUGAUGCUAAUUCUGUUCUGGGGAGCACCUUGUACUGUCACUGUUUUUGUACUAAAUCUUCAAAUAUUGUCUACUGUGUAAGGCAGAGAAAUUUCUUAUCAUGCAAAAACCAUUUUGUUUCCAGGGUAACAAGUACCUAAGUGCAUGCACAACUUGCUUUCCCUUGUAACAUUCAUGAUCUCAUUCACAAUUCUGAUUUUAAAACAAAACAAAACAAAAAUCUUUACAAUGAGCUAUAUAGGGACAUACCAGAUGUUGCAGUGAUUUUAGCUAUCAACAAACUGUUAACCAUGUACAAUAUUUAAAAUAGGCUUAUUUUGAUGUAUUGCCUAUUAUACAAAUACACAAAACAUUUUUGGAGGCCUCAGUUAUGAGUGGCAGAGCUUUCUGUGUAUAAUUUGUCUACAUAAUUUGUCUAAUAAAAAUGUUUUCUAAA